ACGUCAGCAGCUAUUGGUGGCGGCGGCGCGAGGCGGGCCCCGGGCAUUGUCCGGCUCUGGCUGUGUCGGUCCGACUGCGAGAGCGGCGGCGGCGGCGCGGGGCUGCAGUGGGCGUCGCGCGGCCGAGAUCAUGGCUGGAGGCAAAGCUGGAAAAGACAGUGGGAAGGCCAAGGCUAAGGCAGUGUCUCGCUCACAGAGAGCUGGGCUCCAGUUUCCUGUGGGCCGCAUCCACAGACAUUUGAAGACUCGCACCACAAGCCAUGGACGGGUGGGCGCCACUGCUGCUGUGUACAGUGCUGCAAUUCUGGAGUACCUCACAGCUGAGGUGUUGGAGUUAGCAGGUAAUGCUUCUAAAGAUCUCAAAGUAAAGCGCAUCACUCCACGCCACUUACAGCUUGCAAUCCGAGGUGAUGAAGAGCUGGAUUCACUUAUCAAGGCCACCAUAGCAGGGGGCGGUGUGAUCCCGCACAUCCACAAGUCUCUGAUUGGAAAGAAAGGGCAGCAGAAAACUGCUUAGGACGU